UUUGCUGUUUAGUGAUAGUUUGUUAGCAAUCUGGCGUCGAAAUAGUAUUUUAAUCCGAGUGUUCCAACAUGUCCUCGUGGGAGGAUGUACACGCGGUGAAGGUGAAGCGCAACAGCCUACGUGAGAAGCUCGAGAAGCGCAAGAAAGAACGGCAGGACUUGCUCGGCAACAACAGUCCUAGUGGCACCGGCGGUGUCGCUGGCUUGAUAAAGCUCGAGGCCGGUUCGAGUCUGGGAGAUGACAAGGGUAAACAUCUACUGACCACAAUCAAACUGGAACAUGGAGGAAGUGCGGACAUCGAUGCGGAAGUGGAGAAAUGUUUGGUGCAGGUUCUGGCCGACCAGAGUUUAAUACUGCCCACCAAUUCGGCGCAAAUAACGGAGCGCGUGGAGCGGUCCAUCCAGAAGCCGGUGCAGCGGGACUCGAUCGCGUACUAUUUGCACAAGCUGGCCGGGCAGAACCUGGUCAACAUCAAAGAGGUCAGCAUCGGCGGUACGGUAGGGUAUGAAGUGAUCUCGGUCGAACAUACCAACCUGCAGGCUCUACACAACGACAUGGGCAUGAACCAUGUCCGCAUGGCGUCGGAAGACCGGGAAACCGGGGGGACAAAGCGAAAAGCGGAGAACACCAAGGGGGACGAAACGGGCAAGAUGGCCCGCGGUCCUGGUGGCUCUAGUACAAACUCGUCCGAAUCUUCGUCACUCGGUUGCAAGGCAUCCGACAUUAUGUCGUUACUGUCGCUUCCGUCGACCAGGGAAAAGCAGAGUAAAAAAGUCGGCGAAGAGAUCCUGGAGCUGCUCUCCAAGCCUACCGCCAAGGAGCGCUCGUUGGCGGAAAAGUUCAAAUCUCAGGGCGGCGCACAGGUGAUGGAGUUUUGUCCACACGGCACGCGCGUCGAAUGCAUGCGAUCGAUAGAGGCAACCAACGAGGCCGCGGCCGCAGAAGAACAAAAGCGGAAGGAUGCCGAUGAGGAGGUGGACAAAGAUACGGAUGACGAAGUGACUAUAAUUACGACGGAGGUCGAAGGCUGCAAAAAUGGUGUGCUCGAGGUGAAAAAGGAACCGGAGUCCGGUGAAAAAGUGAAAUACCAAUGUAACAAACUACAUUUCAAGAAGAUCAUACAGAACCACACGGACGAAACGCUGGGUGACUGUAGUUUUUUGAAUACCUGCUUUCACAUGGACACCUGCAAGUACGUCCAUUACGAGGUAGACACUGUCGUUGGCCAAGCGCCCAGUAGCGUGCCUGCCAAGUGCGAACCCACCGACGAGCGGACCGUCGGCCAGAAGCGUCCGAAUACGGACCCUUGCGCCACCCUCUAUCCACCACAGUGGAUCCAGUGCGACCUGCGCUUUCUGGACAUGACCGUGCUGGGGAAGUUUGCGGUCGUGAUGGCCGACCCACCGUGGGACAUUCAUAUGGAGCUUCCGUACGGUACGAUGUCGGACGAUGAAAUGCGACAGCUGGGUGUGCCGGCACUGCAAGAUGACGGGCUUAUCUUCCUUUGGGUAACCGGGCGCGCCAUGGAGCUGGGUCGAGAGUGCUUAAAGCUGUGGGGCUAUGAGCGCGUGGACGAACUGAUCUGGGUGAAAACGAAUCAGCUGCAGCGGAUCAUCCGCACAGGCCGUACCGGGCACUGGUUGAACCACGGAAAGGAGCACUGCCUGGUGGGAAUGAAGGGCAAUCCUCCUAACCUGAACCGCGGACUGGAUUGUGACGUGAUUGUGGCUGAAGUGCGUGCCACCAGUCACAAGCCGGAUGAAAUCUACGGCAUCAUCGAGCGGCUAAGCCCCGGCACGAGAAAGAUCGAGUUGUUCGGGCGACCACACAACGUUCAACCCAAUUGGAUCACUUUGGGCAACCAACUGGAUGGCAUAAGACUGGUGGACCCGGAAUUAAUUAGCUCGUUCCAGAAGCGCUACCCAGACGGUAAUUGUAUGACUCCGGGAAAGAAUCCGUAAUCAGUUAAGCCACAUAAAGAGAAAGAGCGAAAAGAUCCCCUUAACCAACCAGCAGAUAAACUCUACUAGAGCCGAUGCAUUAAAACCAGCGGUUGGUCAAAUGCUCCGUUACGGCAGCCGGUGCUGCAAUAUUCGCUGGCACAAAAUGAAGCAAUAAACGGUUGGCUUAGUAGAGCUUCUAUUGCGAAACAUAUUACAA